AUGCGCUUCACAUCCAUAACGGCUGCUGUAGCUCUGCUGCUAGCACCAGUUGCCUUGGCAGAUCUCCCUCCUGGAGACUGGUCCGGAGAGACGACCGUCACUGUUACCUCCUCCUACUCGACAACAUUGACCAUCACCAAAACUCUUACAUUCGCCCACGCCAACAUCACCUCAUCUUCGGCGCAUCCAACCGGCUGGAAUGCUACUUCAGCCACAACCGGUGCAGCCACCACAGUCAACAAGCCAACGCUCACUGGAUCGUUAACAUCGACAUCCGCAGUCGCUAUUGCGACUGCAACAGGAGCAGCGAGUGCUCAAGAGAUCAACUUUGCAGUUGCUGCUUUGGCAGGUGCCGCUGCCAUGUUCUGGGGCUCAUUAUGA